UUCUUGGCUGUUGGAUCAGAAGACAGCAUCUGAAGCCCCCACAGCAGCAGAAGAGAGGAACAGCUUCACAUUUAGGGGUAUCAAGAGAGUCAACUACCGCAUCGUAUCGCAAAGCUACAUCUCCAGGAGGAAUUCAGUUCAGCCAAGAAUUUACAAGAUGCCCAGAAACAUGAUUGGCCGGUGGUUCUUAUCUGCUCUUGCGUUGGCUCUGAUGGUGUUUAAAGGGAGCAACGCCUGGUCAUACAAUAGUUCCCCCGAGAAAAUGGACUACGAAACCGCCAGGAAAUGGUGUCAGGAAAAAUACACCGACCUGGUUGCCAUUCAGAACCACGAGGAAAAUCAGCACCUUAAUGAAAUAUUCGACUACUCUGCCGGUUACUACUGGAUCGGAAUCCGCAAAAUCAAUGGCGUCUGGACCUGGGUGGGGACCCAGAAGAGUCUAACGGAAGAAGCAAUGAACUGGGCCGAGAACGAACCCAACAAUCUGAAGGCCAAUGAAGACUGUGUGGAGAUCUAUAUCAAGAGGCAAGAUAAGCACCAGGGCAAAUGGAAUGAUGAAAGUUGCAUGAAGAAGAAACGAGCUCUCUGUUACACAGCUGCCUGUCACUCAUCUUCCUGUAACCGCCAGGGUGAAUGUGUGGAGACCAUCAACAGCUAUCAGUGUCAAUGCCACCCUGGUUUCUACGGGUCCGAAUGUGAGCAUGUUGCGACCUGUGAGGUGCCAGUGACCCCCAAACAAGGGAUCCUCAAUUGUCACCAUCCAGUGGGGAACUUCAGUUACAAUUCGACCUGUUCUGUUCACUGUGAAGAAGGGCACAUCCCAACUGUUGAUGAACCAGUGCGAUGUACUUCGUCUGGACACUGGAGUGCUCCGCUCCCAGCCUGUAAAGUGGUGGAGUGCGGGAGCCUGACAGACCCCGAUCACGGAACGAUGACCUGCUCUCAACCUUCGGGAAGUUUCCCGUGGAAAACCAGCUGCACCUUUGCCUGCCAGGAGGGAUUUGUGCUAAAGGGCUCGGACAGGCUCCAGUGUGGCUCUUCGGGGAAGUGGGACAGGGAGCAGCCCAAGUGCGAAGCGGUCAAGUGUGACGCCCUCAGCCAGCCCCCAAAUGGCUCCAUGACGUGUGACCAUUCUCUCAGUGGACAGUUCUCUCUCCACUCAACCUGUCACUUCACCUGCUCGGAGGGAUUCGCGUUACGGGGAGCAGCUCAACUGGAGUGCAAUCCACGGGGAGAAUGGACAGAAGCAAUUCCAACCUGUGAAGCGAUGGUCUGUGAGCGCCCAAAGACCCCGGAGGCUGCCGUGUUGGACUGUUCUCACAAUGCCGAGAGCCUGGAACUGGGUACCACCUGUAAUUUCAGCUGUUCAGAAGGGUUCUCCCUCCAGGGCGCUCAGAGUCUCCGCUGUGUCAGCCCUGGGCGUUGGACAGAGGAAGUCCCAACUUGUGAAGCUGUGCUGUGCACCCCACCCUCCAUCCCGGAGAGAGGCAAUAUGCUUUGUUCUUCUGGAAACUUCCAAAGUGGCUCCAGCUGUGCGUUCUCCUGUGAGGAUGGCUUCUCUCUGAGGGGUUCGGCUAACCUUCACUGUGGCGUGACCGGCGAGUGGGACGGAGAACAGCCCACGUGCGAAGCGGUAAAAUGCAAAGCCGUGGAAGGACCUCCAAAUGGCUCUUUGCAGUGCUCCCAUCCUUCCAGUGGAAAAUUUGCUUCCGGGACAACCUGCGAUGUCUUCUGUGAGGAGGGCUUCGCACUUCAAGGACCGGCCCAUCUUGAGUGCAGCAUGCAGGGGGAGUGGACCCAGCAAAUCCCCACCUGUAAAGUGGUACAGUGUGCAACCUUGACCGCCCCAGAGAAGAGCGUCAUGAACUGUUCUCACCCUAUCGGGAACUUUCUCUUUGGCACCGUUUGUGAAUUCGGAUGCCCAGAAGGAUGGAAGCUCAAUGGUUCCGCUGCCCUCAGAUGUGAUCCUACGGGAAGCUGGUCCGCGAUCCCGCCCACGUGUGAGGCUCCCACAGUGUCAACCACCUACUUAGCAGUUGGAAUGACAGUCACCGGAGCUUCUCUCCUGUCAACGGCCUUGUUCCUUCUCUGGCUCGCCAAACGCCUCAGAAAAAAAGCAAAGAAAUUCAUUCCUGCUAGCAGCUGCCAAAGCCUUAAUUCGGAUGGUACCUACCAGACUACUGCAGAGCUGAUCUAACUCUAAAGAGAUAAGGAACUGAAGGUUUGCUUCCCAUCCUCAGGAAAGAAAAUGGAAGCUGCUCCACAAGACAAUCGUCCUUAUCGUCAAGAAGGUUUUUCUCUGGUCCAAGAUCCUCCUCUUACGCCCGAGAGGAAUUGCCAAAGACCAAGACUGGGAAGCCAAGGGUUACAAGAACCCUAACUUUCACCAGGAAACCAUUCUGUUCAGUUUCUUCUUUGAUGUAUUUUUGUAUAAACCGCAGAAAGGCACUCCCUAAAGGGGGAGAGCCUGUUGUUUUGUAGGUAAAUCAUAGGUGCUCAGAAAAUCUUGGGAUUUGAGCCCCUUGCCUUUCAGAUUCAUGGUAUGAUCUUCAGAGAACCUCAUCCUCUCUCAGAUCCCCCACUUGAAUAAGGGGAGACCCCAGCUUUCCGGCUACUUUCCUCCCGGGAGCCGUCGUGAGCACUGAUAAUAUCGGUCAAGGGUUUCAGGAACCCUUGAGGAACUUGCUGCUAACAAGCUUUCAUUUUUUUCCGAAUUUCUAGUGUCUCCCGGGAGACGAGCCGAUGAGAGCUCUAGAGGCUAUUAGCCAAACCCUUUCCUGGAGGGCUCGGGAUAGUGGAGUUGCACGGCACAGAGUCAGAUCACUUUCAUCCCCGUGGGAUAUCAUAGAGCAAAACAUUAGUGGCGUAAGUUGGGGCCACUCGGAAGUCACUUAAGGGGUGGCGGAAGAGUUCUAGUCCUGAAAAAGAAAAAUUGCAGGAUCUCCUACGCUCCUGUCCAGAAGCCAUGUAGGGUUUAUUGGGCCACGGGUUUGCUUGGAUGCACGUUUCACCAUCUCUGCAGGUCCAAACCGGCCCGCUUUUCCACCCGCUGGGUGAUUUGCUUCAACGGAGACCAAUCCCUAGUCCAAGUGAGGCAGAGAAAAGCUCCGUUGCUAAUGAAGCCAACAUGGAGGCUGGGGAAUAUGCACUUCUCUAGAAUUGGGGCAAGUCAUUUAACUUCUCUGGGCCUCAGUUUCCUCAGUCCUAAAAUGGGGAUAAAAUAAUUGU